AUUUCCACCGGCCUUUUAUUCAAGAACGUGUCGAGCCCUGAUUUUUGUUCCGUUCGCUCCGCACGAGAUUGGCGCACGUGAAUCGCGCGCAUUCGUGACCUCCGGUUCGCGUGGCGCAAAUUCAAAUCUUGCUUAGGAAGGUAGAAACAUUAAGAAAGGCGAAGGCGGUUAUCGCGACGCAAACCGCGCGAUAUCGGCAAGAAAGGAAAAGGCAGAGAGGAAGGAGAAGCCUCGAUACUCGGCAAGUCGCGGGUCCAACGGUACCGAUUGGCGUCCGCCAUUGCGCAGAAUCGAGCGACUCACCGCGGAUCCGCGCUCGCUGCCGCCGCCGCCGUCGUCGUCGCGUAUCGCCAGUCGAUUCGAACGAUCGUUCGGUGGUGGCUGGGUGGUGACAGUGCGCGAUCGGUGGGUUCGUUUCGGCGGUCGUUAGAUACGACACUAGAGCGAGAGAGAAAGAAGCAGAAGAGAACGGGAGACCGCGGGCCCCGCGCGCGUACACAUCCGUCUCGCGGCUGCCGUUCCGACAUCGGCGCGUGACUCUCGAGGUGCGUGUCGCGUCGUGUGUUGGGUGAAUCCGCGGAUUCCGCGGAUCAGCGGGAACAGGUCCCCCGUAUAGCGUGUGCGUUUUCGACUCGCAUCUGCUUCGUCGUCCGCCUCUGUGAGACCGACGCGAUGUCCUCCCUGAAGGACGACAAGGUGCCGCGCGCCCGGCUCUGCCACAUCGUCAAGUGGGACGACUUCCCCGGCUACGGGUUCAACCUGCACGCGCAGAAGGGCAAGAACGGCCAGUUCAUCGGCAAGGUGGACGAAGGCUCGCCGAGCCAGGCGGCUGGGCUGCGCCAGGGUGACCGGAUAAUCGAGGUGAACGAGAUCGACAUCGCGAACGAGACCCACAACCAGGUGGUCGAGCGGAUCAAGGCGUUCGCCAACGAGACGAAGCUGCUGGUGGUCGACCAGGAGGCGGACGACUACUUCAGGGAUAACAACAUCGUCAUCAAGGGCACCAUGCCCAACCUCAAGGUGAUCAAGACGCCCGAGAGGAAUCCGAACAGCGUCGAGGACCGAUCCGACGGCAACUCCAACUGCUCCGUCGACGAGAGCACGCAGAAAUCCAUUGGCUCGAACGACACGGCGCACAGCGACAGCAGCACCGUGGCGCAGACGAUAACCGUGGCCAGCAACAGCAGCGGAGGCAGCAACGAGACCGGCAUGCGGGAAAACGGCAAUGGUGACGUGAACCACGUGCACGGCACCGGUAACGGCAGCGUGGACGGCGGUGGUGCGAACAACAACGAGCAACCCCGGCCGCAGGGGCUGAACCUGAAGAUGAGCGCAAAGGAACUGCGCGCCCAGCUAGCGGCGCGCAAGAAGUACGACCCGAAGAAGGAGUCGAUCGGCUUCAAGGACAAGUUCGACAUCGUGCAAAAACUGUAGACCUCUCGCCCGACCAGCCAGUAAUUCAUUCCUUUAUUAUUUCUCCGCCUCCACCUCUCGUCGUUGUCGUGGUCAUCCAGUGCAACGCGACGGCUAGCUCCCAGUCCCUAGCGAUGUAACACAUCUUGUUAUCAAGCGAUCAAAUUGUAACAAAUACACGACAGGUCGCGUCGUUUAGAUCGUCGCAUCGCGGAUUGUAACAUUAUGAUAAACUGGUUCGCAGCGCGCAAAGAACGGGAGGAGUAUCGGAACAAGAAAAGCCGAUAAAACGUUCUUCGCGUGCAAUUAAUAUUAUUAAUUGCCAAUUUACUCGCGUCUCGGACGAACUCACGUGUGUGCAAUCUCUUCGUCGCUCCCGCGCUAGAAAUUGCGGCGAGUUUCGAGCCAUCGGUUUAUCAAUCUUGAACGUAGAGCUGCGGCACGAGAAUUAGUUCUCAACGAAAGUUACGCUUUUACAGCGUAUUAUUUUUGUAAUAAUAAUUGUUAUAUUAGUAUUAUACAGUGGCACAAAAAUAACGUUAAAUAUCCAGAGCAACAAUUUAGUUUUAAAAAUGUUCCUGUUGUAAAUGACCAGAACUGCGUCCCGACAUUAGCGAAUAAUUAAAUUUCGCUCUUUCGACUCGAUCACUCACACGAUGUUCACGAUACGUAUGUAUUUCUGUUUCGUCGUGUAUCUACUCCCGAGUGCUGUCCCGUCCGUUAAAUUUGGGAGAUCCGUUUGCCGCUUCUUCCCACGACUUUCUCCGGCAAGUAUUUAUCGCCGUCUUCGGAUGUAGUAAUCAUCCCGAACGUAACGUCGAUCACGUGAAUUCUUCGUCGGCGAGAUCGGCCCAAGAGUUCCCUCUCUCUCUCUCGUCGCGAGUUAACGGCAGAGAAAUAAAAAUCCGACGAACGAGAUAUUUCGACAAAUUGGAGAUCGGCACUUAAAAAGAUUUACACUCGAAUUUACGACCAGAAGCACACAGCGCAUUCGAUAAAACGUAGUUAAACCGAUUCGGCAGACGUUCAUCGAUCAAAGGACGCAUUCAAUCUCAACGUCGAACUCCAACGAAUAUGCAAACGAUGUUUCAAAUUUGAGUCAACCCGCGAGCGGUAACUAGCUCGCGAUUUGUCGCGGUUUAUUAAAGAACUGCUUUUUUGUUAAGGCUGCGCCGCCAGGACGACAAGCUGACGCGGACAAAAUACGCGGAGAAUUCGAUGCGCGCGGAAUCCCUCGACAAUUUCGCACGAGGCAUGGAAAAUGUUCGCGUGAGUUGGCGAUUUGGUCGGUCGGUCGGUAGACUAACCAACCAACCGACCGACCGACCGAUCGCGAAAUGUACAACGUUAAUUUCGAUUGCAUGCGGAAUUCGUGUAGCCUCGCGUUUGCGAGCACGAGGCUGUAAGGACUCGCAAGGACGGACGUUCCUCGCGUGCGCCGCUGCUGCAACGGACCUCGCCGAGUCAGUCAGUCGUCGGUUGUGUGGUCCAAGGACGAGCUGCGAUGUAGGAGAAAGUACGGUCGGUCGUAGUCUCGGUUGAUCUCCGUUAUCGAAUUCAGGACGCGAGUCUUACGUUCUUACGUUGCGCGCUUCUGCGGACACUUUCGGACGGACACGCGCAGCAACGCGAACGCAAAGUUUGCACUUCUCUCCUCGUUUUCUUCACUCCUCGAAAUAUGUUCUCCGCGAGAUGUUGAUCGCGCGUUAUCUCGAUGCUCCAAUUAGCUCAGUAUCGAACUGCGCGAGCCAAGUCGGGACGUGAUUUUGUUUUCCAACGGGAUCUCGAUCCGAUAAUGGAAGAUAAUGGUUCCCCCGGUCACGUAUCUGCCGAUAAGAGAUAGCAUCGACGUGCUAAUAAUGCAUUAAUGUAAUAUUAGUGGAUCGCGUGAAUCGUGCCAGUUAAAUGCUGUUGCGAUCGCGACGACAUGAUUCGAUUAUUCCAACGGUGACAGAAUGCGAAUUUGAAAAUCACCUCGCGGUUAACGAGCGAUAUUGCAUUUCUACGCAUUUAAUACUUAGUAACCACUGAAAGUAAUGUAGCCUUUUUGCAAAUAUUAACAUCUUUUUGCGAUAUGUUUCACAGAUUUUUAAAUCGGCAAAAACAAAUGGCAAAAAGAUGGCAAGAGUUCGAAUGCACCAAGAAGAAGUUAAAGAACGGUUUCCGAAGAUAUUACGCAUUUAACUCGCUUCUUGCCACGCGAUUCUUGCUUUUCUUCGUAUUCCCUCUCGUCUACCGCAUUUCUUUUUAUUGUGACUUCCGGUUAACGACCGCCACGGUGGUUGAUUGCCGCGCAUCCCGUGGGAGAACCCGCACUGACGUCCUUCGAAUAACUUUUCCAUCAUUAUAUGCAUUUCUUACGUAUUACGCGUAGAGUGCAUGUAAUGGACAUGUAAGAAAAAUCUUCAGCAGAGACGCAGCAGAUAUCAGAAUAGUAAUAGCGUUUGAAAUAUUAAUCGGUUAAUGCGUCAGUAUAGAAGCUGAGAGUGGAAAACGUGAUACGCGAUCGUAAUCUUGAUUGCUCAAUAUAUAGCUUUAAGACCACGCAAUAUGCUACCUUACGUUCGUAAAAUCGUCGAGCACUUGUACCCGAUGUUACGCGACUAUUCGGAAUGCGCAGUCAGAAUGCGGCGAUGAAACAAAUAUUUCUCCGCGUUCAGGGACAGGGAGGAGGUUUUCUUGAAUAUUACUCAUACUUAUAGGCGUUCACUUGGAGCGGGACGCAGUUAAUUAAGCGCGACGGCUUCUACGGGCGUGCAAGCGAAUAUUAUCAGAGAGAGCGACGAUAACGGCGAACAGGUAGUUGCGGCUGAAAUUUACAACUCGCGCCCGUGUGCGCGUUCGAUAAACCGGCCGUCUCGAAUGCGAAGGCGUUACGUAAUCGGCGAACGGAGGAAUGUCGCGUUACAAUGGCAACAAGAGAGAAGCCGCCUUUCAGGAUUCCACCUUCGCCUACCACAGCGCGCUUCUUCGCCAUCGAGGAUUGCGGAAAAGUUAGGUACACAUCUCGAGGCUCGUUGCUAAAUAUUACGACGACAUGUUACGCAACUCGCAAUUAUCACCGUCGUUGCCGUUGUCGUCGUCGUCGUUGUCAUCGUGUACUGUCGUCAUUACGCGUUUACCUGUGUCGGAUGCACCGCGUUGCGUUGUCGAGAUGUCUUCCUUCGUAAAUGCGUACGCAAUGAGCGAAACAUCGUUUACGUUUAACGGAUUAAUCCUGAGUAACCGAGGUUUUUCUCACUUAAUUUGCGCUUAUCAGGAAGAGGAGGAAGAAAGAGACGGAGGGCGAGAAAGCCCUGCAUUAUCUUAAUCACCUCAAGUCACUGUUCUUGGCAUUAAACUUCCUCCGUCGACAUUUUACGAGGAAGAAAUCUGAAAAGCAAAAGUAGAGAUUAGCAAACGUCUUCCCCCUUUCUUUUCGUAACAAGAACGAACAUGUUACUUUAGUUUCCAGUUUUCUUUCAGUUGUGAUUGCAAAAGUCUCCUCUUCCUUGGUAACGAUUUCGCUUGAGGAUGCCUCAUCAGUGCACCGAAUGGAACAAAUCGCGGCUCCAGGCUCGCCGGUGGAAUUGAGAUUAAAAUUAGAUUCGCAUCCGGUGUCGGCGAGGCACCGAUUCGCACAGGUUGAUUCAUCGUUGCGCGAUACGUGUAAGAUUAAUAUGUAUAAAAUUCUGCGUUACGACGGAGCACAGAAGUAGACGAAGAAGAGGUCCCAUAGUCUUCCAUAACUUUGCGCGAAGGAUUACGAAACGUUUCGAGAUCGAGAGAGAGAGAGAGAGAGAGAGAGAGAGAGAGAAAGACAAUGUUUAUUACGUUCAGAUAUAUGUACGAUAUUCAUUCGCAGUUCGUUGCCGAUCGCCGCGAGAUUAAUCGGUGCACCUGAGAUUCGAGCGGCGUCGCUAUCUUGUUACUUUAACAUAAGUUUUACGACGCCGUUAAUGUCACUCGUCGUUGAAUGAACGCAAUGUUGAAACGGCGAUCUGCCCUUGGAUUUACUCUUGUGCAAUUUGACCCCUGGCUACCUGGUUGUGCUACGCAUCUUCCGCCGUAUCGUUUCGUUGGAUGAACGAAUCGAUUCGACCGAGGCUCCGUAUACUCCGCGGUAUGCCGCCGCUGCGAUUUACGACGAGAACAGUUAUUAACGUUAAAACCUUACGUCCGCGUAUCUGUUAUUGUGUGUUAAUUGCAUCUGGUACGCGUAGACCGUUAUGUCAUUCGGCGGCUUGGUCUCAGGUGAAAGUAUAAUAACGAGGCACACAAAUCACGCGCGCGUGCGCGCGCGCUCGACACUCGGUCGUCGAGCAAAAAUAUCGCAUUUGCGCGGAGAAAAGGCACGAUCUUGAAGAAUGUUGUGACCCUCUCGCUCUUGUCUGUUUCUUCCUGACGGCCGCAAACAAGCGAAUAAGUAUUUUUUAUUCCGCUGAAACAUUUCGUGUCUCGUCGUGGAGCCUUGAGGAGCUCUAAUAGCUAUCGGCUUCUGUAAAUAAUGGAUUUUUGCGCAUAGGGACUGCUGCAACGAUCAGACAAAUGGCGGGUGACUCAAUAGACGAUAACCGAUAGUGCAAACAAAUUUACGCAAUGCAAUAAAGGUCGACCGAUUAUAAUUAAUUAAUGCGUGCCUUUCACGACAAGUGAAAACGGCGGCGUUGCUUUCAUUGCGGUGUAAAAGUCUUUACGAUACAUGUAUUAGUAAAUAUUAUAUAUAUUAAUUUUAUAUAAAUAUAUAUAAUUAUACACACACACAUAUUGGACGUAAAAUUCAGAGAGCUUUCAAUGCUUAAUCUCAACGUUGAAUUCGAGAAACGUUCACGCAUUAUUCAUGUCGUCGAUACACCGAUGUCGUAUCGAGCUUAUCUUAUCCGUAUCGGUCAUAUGACGCGCAAAAGUGACAAUAAUAAUUUUUUUUUACCGGACGGAGUGAUGAAAACACGAUGACUUUUCUCGACGUGAUUUUCCUUAACGAGUGACCUUAAUCGGGAUUUCGAUCUCGCCGAUAUCUAAUCGUUGCAUCAGAUCCUUGGAGUGUAUAUAACCACGCGCACGUAUACAUACACGCACACGUUUAAAGUAAGGGCCAAGUACACAUGUUACGAUCUACGCACUCUAUGUUCAACAUUACUGUAUUGUAAGCGUUUACCUUUAAGCAUUAUGUUUGGACUAAGGUAAGAUUUAGCUGGUACGUUACUCAUGAAAAUAUAUUUACGUAUAUGUGUAAAAAGAUAACGUAUAG